UAGAAAGAGCCUGUCAUGGCUGCGUCCAUCAUUUCCUCUGAACAUAUUCUGAGCGCGAUCACGUCCUGUAAGGCUGUAUGCCUUUAAACCUCUUGUUUUGUAACGAAUUCUCCACAUAAACUACACCUGAAUCAUGGGUGGUAAUACAUCUUUGUUAAACACGACGUUAAUUCUCAUUGCGGGAACUGGAAGUGCGUUACUUUUGGUUGUGAUUAUAUUCGCCAAGCGACAAAUUAUGCGGUUUUCGCUGACUUCCCACCGAAGUCCCCAUGUCCCCAUUGGUCACAGCGCCCCCAGGAGUCUGCAGACAGAAAUCGAGCAGAAGCUGACCCACGUAUCGAGGAUGAAGUAUGAGCCAAGAUUACUGGGAGAUGAUGACCACAGGCUGAAAUUUCUCAACGGGGAAAAUAGUUCUGGAGAGAAGUGUUCCUACAUCUACAGGAUGAAAGCAGUUGAUGCUCUGUCAAAAUUAGAUGAACAACUGAAGAAAAUUGAAUGUCGCAGGGUACGCCCUCAGUGUGGGAACUUGAAGGAGUAUAUUUUGAGUCUGCGAGAUCCCCCGCAGGCCCCCCUCAAGGGAGCUUCCGUUAACCUGUGCCGUGCAUUCGCAGCAGCUUACGAGAGUGCCCAUUACGGACUCAAGCCUUUUGGUGAGACAGAGUACAACAAUUUCAUGACGUUAUUGCACGAGCUGUUAUCUUGCAUUCGACACAAAGGUAUGAAGAGUAAGAAAUCCAGCCAAUCCUCUAGCUCCCAGCAUAAACAGCAUACCUCAGCCAGCCAGCGCUCUAGAUCCGCGGGCAGUCAGAAGGCAAGGAGCCCAACCAAACCAAUCAGCAAAGGCGAGCCCAGACUGAUCGACCAAUCAGCAGCCAGUACCAGCCAGACAGAGUGGCACGCCGAAAACAUUCCCCAGAGAGGGAUCACAGUGGGUCAUGUGACCAAGAGGAACCAAUCAAGAGCAGUCACAAGAUCGGAGGAGACCGUGGAAUUGCUGGAGAGGAAGAGAACGUCGCGAGGCUCGGACGUGGGCAGCGACACCGAGAGGGGUUCGCGGAUAACCAGAACCUCAAAUUCGUCGUCAAGUCGGAGCGACGAGAUGCAGCCGCUCAUGGCCAGCAGACUCGUGCGACAGGAGUCGGUGUCGGAAGACGUACUGUGAUAACUUUCAAACAUUUGCCCCUGGUCAUCCAAUCUUUGAGAUAACAAGCCUCAAUCAAUAGCCAAGGCUCAACAAGGCAAAUCCAGGGGUGUUAUUGGGGCAAGGGGGUGGGCGACGGUUGUCACCCCCCCCCCCCCCAUUUAUUAUUUUUCUUGUCAAGACAAUCAGAUGGUGUCUAGCCCCCAGCCGCCCCCCCCCCUAAUUGGAUGAGGUUAUAUUUGAGACCAGUUUUAAAGUUAGCUUUGUGUGGAUUUUACAUCCCAUUUAUUACCAAAAAAAAAUUCCAACUACUCCAGUAUUCUACCUUUUUUAUACACGGCCUUUUUUUAACAAUGAAUUUUAUUUUAUUUUGAAUAAGUAUCAGUACUUUAAAUACAACCUGUACACAAGAUAAAUAUUAAUAUAUUACAUUAGGACAUUUUAGAUGGCAGAUAAUGACGUUUGCCUACAUGUGUGUCAUUGUGACAAAUAGUCCUCGGUUUUGUGAUAACUGGACUAUAAUUUUGAAGUGUGGUGUCAAACGGAAUGUACAUUUUACCUCAGGAAGAAAGAAAGAAUUUGAUAGUUUGUUUUUCAAAACCCAUCAUGACUGACUGUUACCAUUGUUGGUGCAUACCUGAUGUGGAUACCCCACAGAAUCAGUAUACAAAUAAUGAAUGUUUGUGAAUGCAAUGCUAAGAAUAAUUUCAUGAGGUGACAGAU